CAAUGAAUGUUAUUGUAUAACAACCAGGAGAUAUGGCAUUUAGUUUAAUGUUUUCAGAUCAUCCUUGGGUAUCAAUAUUUUGUGUUCGUUAAUUUAUUUAGUAUUAUGAGGAACCUUCUUAUAUUGUAGAAGAAGAUAAUAAAUUAGAAUUAUUGCAUAAAAUUUUAAUGAUGGAAUAAUCUAAGGUAAGUCCUUGUUAAUAAUUGGUGGAAUAUUAUUAAAAAUUUCCAGAAUUGUAUAAAAAUAUUAUAACUAUACUUGAACCAUUUGAAGAAGCAACAUAAGCUGCAGUAUAAUUAAAUAAUUUGUGUUCUAUUUUUCUUUAUAUUAAAGGGAUAGAAACUAUAGAGAUAUAUUACAUAAAUCAAAUCAAAAGAAUUUAUUAAGAAUUCUAUGGUCAUAUUUUAAAUGUAUAACAACAUUCAAAAAUCCAGAAUAAAUUUAAAUUAUAAAUAGAAAUUGAAGAUGAAAAUUUAAAACAUAAAAUUGUAAAACUAAAUUUAAAUUAUGGAAAAUCUACUUUGAUGUUUAGUGUCAACAAAUAAUUUUUAGAUACAUAUUUCUCUUAAUUUCCAAUUUAGGCAUAAUUUUAAUAAAUUUUUGAGACAAGAAAAGAAAUUACAAUGUUGCAUUUCUUAUCUAUUUAUGCAACAGAAUUAUCAAAGCAAUCUAAGACUUUAUUUGAAAAUAAAUUAUUAAAUUUUAAUUUGCCUGAUGUAGACUCAUUUGGUAAAUACAUAACUUAUGAGAUAUUUCCAGAAUUUAAAUUAGAUCCUAUUCUAGUCUAGUCUUAUAUAAUAAAUCGAUAUUAUUAUUGA